GUAGCUUUGUUGUCAAACAAAAAUGUCAAACAUGAAGAAAAUCCAAAACGAUUUGUUAUUGAAAUAGCAAAUAACCUUAUAUUUACAAGUUUUAUUGAUUGAGUAUAUAGCUAGCCAGGGUCAUAGAAAACAUACUAAACAAGAUAAAAUCUUGAUACAUCUAUUUUGUAAGAGAUACAAUUUUUUUUUUCAGUAGUUUCUUAUUACUUUUAUACUGGCGUCAGAAAAUUAUUCCAAGAAAAUGCUAGACGGGUGGUACUGCCGCUCUAUAGCAAACAUGCAAGCCAAUGAGGCUAGCGUGAGCAAUAAUGCGCCACCGGAGCCCCCACAGGCGCGUGACUCACACAAAGAAUACUCUUCAGACAGCAGUAGUGAUCCUGAACCCGAGCCUAACUACAGGGCACAGUACAUGGCACUGAAGAAGAAGCUCAAGUAUCUCAUUUAUGAGAACGAAUGCUUUCAAGAUGCUCUGAGAUGCAGUCAAAAGAGAUUGCUGAAAGUAUCAAGAGAUCGCACGUUCCUGCUCGACCGCUUGUUGCAACAUGAGAAGCCAGACAGCACCACAAGUGAGAGUGAAGACACCGAAUCAUCUGAUGACCCAGAAUAUUAUCGCAAUGAUGUAAAAAGAAAGAAAAUGGAAGCUAGUGCAGCCAAUCAGAAUGUGUCUACAAGCUCAUCAGUCAAAGGCGCAAGUACAAUAAAAAGAAAAAGAGCAACAGUUCCUAAGAAACCUGCUAAUGCCAGUCAUCUUCACCAAUCUACUAGUUCCAUGCUGUCGAAAGCUUCGCCGGCGUUGGGUUUCGGUUUAUCGGCUGGUGAUGGCCACAUGACUCCCGAAGAAGUGGAGCGGCACUUACAAUCACGGCAGUCGUACAUGGAGCUGUUACCGGAGCGGGCUCCACCUACUGUUCCAACUGAAAUGUUCAGCAAUGACCCUUCACUUGACAGUGAAUCGAACGACGUAUUGGAGAAUUCGCCGAAUGUUGAGGAAUGGUUCGAUUAGUACAAAAGUUACUAUAAUUUUAAGUAUUAAAUAGUUAAAUAAGUCCAGACAUAAUUAUAUUUGACAUUCAAGAACUUUGAUGUUUUGUAAUGAAUAAAUAAAAAUGCACAAAUACGUA